AUGUUCAACAAAACUGUAUUUUUCCGUACUCUAGCCACUACUGCCAAAUCCGUGAAACCUCCAAUCCAAUUAUUUGGAUUGGACGGCACUUACGCCACUGCUCUAUUCACGGCAGCUGCGAAAACCACAUCGGUCGAAAGUGCGUCGAAAUCGCUAAACCAAUUGGGACAGACCGUGGCCAAAGACCCAAAAUUGAGCUCCAUUUUGCACAACCCAGCCCUUUCCGCUCAGGACAGAGCUGUGGUGGUGGAAACUUUGAGCAAAUCGCAAUCUGAUCUAGACGCCUCUGUUGCCAACUUGUUGAAAGUUUUGGGCGAAAACAACAGAUUGGGCCUGUUCAACGACGUCAACGCUCAAUUCUCCAAGUUGACUGACGCCUACAAUGGUCUGGUGCAGGCUACCGUCACCACCGCACAGCCAUUGGACUCUAAGCUCUUCAAGAGAGUCGAGAAGGCGCUAAGUGGAUCCAGUCUUGUUGGCCAGGGUAAAACUUUGAAACUUGAAAAUGUGGUUGACCCAGAGAUUCAAGGUGGUCUAGUUGUCGAACUUGCCGACAGAACUGUGGACUUGUCCAUCUCUUCCAAGAUUCAAAAACUCAACCAGCUUUUGAAAGAGGCUAUCUAA